AUGGCGGCCUCCAUCAGACGAGUUUGCAUCGCAUCUCCGCUUGUUAUUCGUGGGUUUUUAACGAAUACUGUGUGCUGUAAACCUGCUUUACAAUGUGUCUCUCAUGCCAAUAGCUCUUUAUAUUUCAGAAGUGCAGCCAAGCCUUUGUCAUUUGUCAGACUAUGUUCCUCUCAAGAGGAGGAUCCUAGUGUCGUCAAGAAAAAGGAGCUGACCGAAGCUGAUAUCGCUGCGGGAAUUGCUUAUCUGCAGAGUGAAGAUUACAUUGAGAGAUAUGGCAAACGGCCGGUCUUUGCUGAUUAUAGAAGGAACCACAAAGGCGGAGUAGCACCGAAGAAAACACGGAAAAGAUGUGUGCGAGGAGUGAAGCGAAUUAUCUCUGGCAAUCCAUGCCCUAUUUGUCGAGAUGAAAACUUGGUUGUUCAUUACAAGAAUGUGAGACUUUUGGAGCAGUUUGUUUGUCCCCAUUCUUACGAGGUCUACUCGGAUGAACGCACAGGAGUUUGUCAGGCACAGUGUAAAAUUCUCCGCAAAGCUGUUACUGAGGCCCAAGCAUAUGGUUUGCUUCCGAUGUCAUCUCCUUUUGUUCAGUACAACUACAGAGAUUAUUACGGGAAAGCGGCUGGCAUGAAAGCAUCAUGAUGACGACUUGUACAUAUCAGUAUCAUUAACAAAGAUUAUUAUCGGAAAACAUUCACUUCACUUUCUAGAUCUUUGCACUCCUCAGAAUCGAACUUCACACGUAAGUCCAAAGUGCAGUUAAAAUACAACAUAAGUUAAAAUUUAAUGAUUGAUUUGGACCUGUGACGCAUAACUUGUUGCUGGAUUGGAUCAGACUGCAACUUUGUAUUGUGUGAUAAACGCAAAAACAAACUGUUGUGAAAAAAGUUCAGGUUUUCGUUAAAAAAAAUUGCUGUUUUAUAGAAACCAGUUUUCCGAGAGAAGCUUCUCUUUUUUAACGGACUGUUUUUAAGUUUAAGUCAAACACUUGAUUUGGAAAGAAAAGUCCAGUAAAAGAACUCAUUUACUGCAAAGACUUAAUCAUAUUGAGUGUCAAAAGCUUACUGGCUUUAGGUUUUAUGCAAAAAAAAACACGUAAUCUAUGUGUUUGAUGAGAGUAAAUAAAGAAUUAAAAGUAUAUGAAAAUUCAAAUU